CGUACCACACAAUCGUCGGCCAGGCCCUUGCCAUGCGAUGUCGUUGCAGAGCCCCAGACUUCGACAUUACAGAACCAUGACAGCGAUCUGCUUCGUGUGCAACCUGCCCAUCCUGAGUCAUCAGGUCGAGCUGAUAUGGCAGGGUGGCAACGGCUGGGACGAUCUCGUGCGAGAGCAAGUGGAGGAAUCCACUCUCAAACAACGACUAGGAACAGGCAGACGAGACUCCGCGGCGCAAAUCACAUCGAUCUCGCCACCGAACGAGACCCAGGACUCCUCGCCGACGAACCAGCGUCGACGACGAUCGAGCCUCGCACAGCUGACCGACAUCCUGCGCGAAUGGGGCGGCGGCGGUACCUCCGGGAAAAGCGGGCGCAGCAACAAGCUCUGCCGCAGGGAGACCCUGGCGGACAUCGCCAAGUCGCUACCAUGGUCGCGACAGACCACCACGGACGCGAGCCACCUGGCCAGCCUGCGGAAGAGACGGGAGAGCUCGGUCGACAGCGGCAUCCGCAGCCAGGUGUCGACCAAGUCGAGACGCGACUCCGCCAUCAGCGAUUUCAAGAACGACCUAGCCAGACUCUGGAGCAAGAAAGACGUGCCGCCGCAGCCGCAGCCGCCGCCCACGGUCAUAUCGCCCACGCCGCGACGAGGCUCCGGCGAAUCGAGAACCUCUCGUCGUGGCUCGGGCGAGAGCGCGAGGUCCAGGAGAGAUUCGGUGAUUGCGGGACAGACUCCGAGUCCCGGCGAGCGUAAGCACAAUUGUCGUCAUCAUAGACGUAGGCAAUCUCAACAGUCGGUCGAUGGAGGUGGCAUUACACCUACGAAAUACUACAGGAAUGAUCAAAGACCGAGCGCUUCGAGCACGGACAGCGCGGCCAGUAACGCAGUCAGAGACCAUAUGGAGGCUCAGAGGAACUCCAUGGAGAAAAGCGAGAGAUCGAGUAGCAUCGAAACCAAGGCGCAAUCAACGGGUCCCCCCGUAACCGAGACGAAGACGACGAUAACAUCCUUGACGGUCAACGGAAAGAUGCCCGUCGUCACCACGACCGAAUCGAGAAUAGUGACAAUCAAUACCUCGACGGUGGCCACUUCGUCGACCUUGAGCGUCGACACGAAGGCCGCUACUGAAAACAAAUCCGGUAUCAAUCUGGACGCAUCCAUAAACCCACCGACCAUCGUCAUGUCCUCGGUAACGCCACCGGCGAUCUCACCGACCGCUGGAAGCAGCCUGCCGCUUCCCGGCACCUCGACUUCCGGUAGCUCCAGCCCGGUCGGCUCCCCGAACGUCAACAGUACACCUACGCAUCCGUUACUUUCCACUCGAAGAGACUCGACUACGCAGUGUUAUUACAAGAGUAAAGAAGUUUCGCCCAAUAAAUUGUCCAGAUUGAUACGCCAACAGGCAGCAAUAGAUGAAUCGAUGCCACCCACAGGUCGUCGUGGCAGUCAGCCAACUUUAUCACCGGAUCCUGAUGAUGGCGGUCGAAAAGCACGGAGAGACUCCUUGAGCCCGGAUUCCGCUUCCUAUCCACGACGUCGCGACUCAAGAAGUCAUUUGAGUCCGGAUAGAACCGUUGAUAAAAGAGAUAUCAGUCCUAUCAGGCAAAGAAAAGCUCGACUGAGAAGGCAAUCCACUUCCAUAGCUGGUCGGCCACCAAGAUCACCGGACAGCUCUUCAUGUUCGUCCAGGGAUCCCAGUCCUUGCGCUCGCGCACCUAGUAUCCAACAUGCGCCAAUAAUACGACGACAAUCCACCACCGAAGAGAUUCUGAUAGCGCGCGGUUUUCGACGGCAGAGUACCACCGAAGAGAUGAUACGAUGCCGUAAUUUUAGGCGACAAAGCUCGCAAAGCGACGACACGGUUCAGAGAUAUCGCGGACGAAGAGACAGUUCUGCUCAAAUCACGGAUGGCACCUUCGCAACGAUGACAGUUGAAACGUCAAGCACAUUUUUUGACAGCAGCACGCAGACUGAACCAUCGCCGUUGUACGACAACAAUCAUUAUCACGAGGAGUGCCUAAAAUGUAACAGCUGCGGUCGGGAUUUGACGGGACCCAAUCAAAAGCGGGCAAGACGGUUCAAGAACCAGAUACUUUGCGAUCUGCACUUUGCCGACGUGGCGCUGAUGGAGUGCUCGGACUUCAUGCAGCAGUUGCGCAGCUUCAAACCACAAAGUUUAGGCUGCGCAGUUGCGAGAAGAAAGUCCUCGACCACCUUAAUCUUCCCGCUGCCACCUCAGGCGUGCUCCGAUGAAUUCUGUCAAGAAUUUCCGCACAACCUGAUACCAACGCCCGGCUACUGGAUCGAAUGUUCGCGGCAGCAGAUCACAUCGGACACGAUCUGGGAUGAAAGCGAGAGCGAUCGCGACGCAACCGAUCCCGAGCAGACGGAGGAGCAGACGGUGGAGGAGCGUUCGUCGAUGCUAAAGCGGCAAGACAAUAGUUUUUGCUUGUUCGAGGAGAACGAGGUGGAUACGGACGAUGUGCCGCGGAAGAAGACCACCAUCGAGGAACAAUGGGAGAAGAAUCAGGGCUUCGAGCUUACCUCGGUCGAACAGGAGACGUACGAGAAAUAUUUCUACGGCUCGGAGCAUUGGAACUAUUUCACGAACGACGAGGAUCUGGGGCCGGUGAUACUCAGUAUCAAGCAGGAACUGCUCAACGGCCGGGAUCAAUUCAGGAUCCUGGUCAGAGCCAUCAGUUACACGGUCCACGGUCUUAUUCCCGCCAGCUGCGUCUUCGCCGAUCGAUACGAUCGAGAAGAAGUGGUACGUAGCCUCGGCAAGGAAGUAAACAUCAAUCCGCCGCUGACCUUGGGACAAUUGCCAGAUACGCCCGAAGAACUUCUCAAACUCGAUCAAGUUUUUAUCAAGUCUGAGUUAAAGGUGGGAGUGAUAUAUGUUCAGGAAGGUCAGUACAGCGAGGAGGAUAUACUCGAUAACAAUGACAACUCGCUGCUGUUCGAGGAAUUUCUGCAGAUUCUCGGGGAUAAAAUCAGGCUGAAGGGUUUCGACAAGUACAAAGGCGGUCUCGAUACCGUACACGAUUUGACGGGCCUAUAUUCUGUCUACACCAAUUGGAGGGGUAUCGAGAUAAUGUUCCACGUGUCCACCUUAUUGCCUUACGAGAAACACGAUCCUCAAAAACUCCAAAGAAAAAGACACAUUGGCAACGAUAUAGUGUGCGUCGUAUUUUUGGAAGCCGACAAUACGAGUUUCAGUCCGGCUUGCAUCAAGUCGCACUUUUUGCACACAUUUAUCUUGGUGCGAGUGAGUCCGCGGAUAAAGCGGAAAAUCACGAGAUACGAAGUGUCCGUGGUUACAAGGGACGAAGUUGGGGCCUACAAACCGUAUCUAUGGGAGCAAAGCGUCUUCGAAAAAGGUCCGAUGUUCCGAGAGUGGAUGUUAACGAAAAUCGUGAACGGUGAAAGGGCGAGUUAUUCCGCGCCGAAAUUCGCGAGGAUGCAGGAGCGAACGAGAAGCCAAAUGUUGGAGGAUAUCGUUGCGAAUCUCGCUAAUCACGCGGAAACCGGACAGAUUCCGAAACCGUACAGACGAGGUUCUUGGCGACCGAUUGGGCACAUGAGACCGUCUUCGCCAUUGUUGGAUUCGGUGCGAGAUCAGUUUGAAGAUUAUGAUCAGCUCGCAAAGGACUUUACCAAGGUGUUCCUUAAUAAUUCAGCGAACGUGACGCUAAAUGCUAGUCUGUUUGACGUGUCUUUCCUCGUGCCAGGACAACAGAAGCAAAAAGUUAGAUUUAUCGGAGUUAGAGCGAUUCUAGCAGUAAGAAGCAGAGUAUUUCAAGAAAUGUUGUACGGAAUUCAAGCGGGCUUCGGAAGCCCGCAAGUGCCGGUUGCUGAGUUGCUGGCGAGGCCGGCGCCGACAUUGCUCAGCCCGCAGAAACCGAAGAGUUCGAACUUUCUUCAAGUUCCCGAUAUGGAGAGUCCAAGGCCCAAAAGUGUCCCCUCGUCACCGAUGGUGAAACGGGCCUUCUCACGAUUGGGCACGAUCACGGCGGGAUGGGGAAGGAGUAUAAGAAAACACGGUAGUGGCCACACUCUGCAGAGCGAGGAUCGAAAGCGAUGGGCCAGUUCGCAAGAUUGCAGUAAUAAAGAAGUAAAAGAUAAGGACAAAGCAGCCCAAUCAUUGGCAGUGCCGAGGCUCAGCGUUUGCGCCGACGCGCAGAAAGUAGAUAGAGCGAAAUUAGCGCAGACCGAGUUCGAUAUCAUCGAGUUCGAUCCGGAAACUUUCCGAAUUCUACUGGAUUAUUUGCAUACGGGAUCCUGUCCGCUGACGUGUAGCAACAUACCGGGUCUGAUAUGCGCCGCGGAACAUUACGAUCUACCGGAAUUACUUCAGGCCUGCUUCCAUCACGCCAAGCAGUUCCUCAGGAUCGAGAUCGUCUGCGUGAUGCUAUGCGCCCUCGAGAAUUAUUACUGGCGAUACACAUCCGCCUCGGAAUUGGUCAAUAUGAUCCUCGCGUUCGUCGAGACGAGGGCUUAUCAGCUCUUCCAGAAUCCGGACUUCCUCACUUUAAGCGAGUCGAUGGUACAAAUGAUCAUGUGCCGUAGCCUCGAAGUGGUGGAGAUUAAAAAGUUCGAGGCAAUGUUGAAUUGGGCGAGGCAUAGAACCAAAACUAAAUCGACCAAGCUCGACGCCAAGGUAGAGUUCAAGUGUAUCAUGGAGAGGCUCAGCAGGGACCUCAAAUUAUAUAGGAUAACACCCCAUGAAUUAAUCAGGAUCGUUUUGCCGUCGAAAGCCAUAAGGAACGAACGUAUCCUCGAGACCCUAAUGUUCCAAGCGAAUUCGGGCAUAUACAGGAACGUCGACAGUUAUUUGGAGGCAUACCAGAAGAAAGUGCAGAAUCAAGAGAGUUUCGACUGCGGACUGUAAACGUCAACGAAAGCGCGAAAAACGCCGUAAGCAUAUUGUGUACCUGAAAAUACGUUUCGAUGAUGAAUCGACAAAUUUUGCGAAAAGGAAAAUAUAAAAAAAAUCUUAUCUCGUAAUAUUUUUCAUGCCGUGUCAUCGGAUAUUGUGCGGGGAAUAACCAUGAUCUCUUUUCGCGUAAGCGGUGAUCUGUAAUUGGAGCAUCCGACCGCGUUCACGAAAUUCGAUACGUUGGAGUCGAUAAUUACACUGCAGGGCCUGACAAGUGCUUUGAUAGAUUGCUCCGAAACUGUAUAAGGUCGCUGCCGAAUCCCCUCAACGAACAAUGAGUUUAGACAGUCUCGGCUCGGAUCCGCGCAAAACUUUAUUCGAUACUCGCGCGGUAAUUCAAUCAUGUCUCAUGGCGUUUCGAGCUGUUUAUUUUGUUUGCGGCAUCAAGAUAAAAUCAUCCCUCCGGAAAAGUAAUUAGGCUAAUAUCGAUGAAGAUGACGAUACUUGAAAGAGAAGUUUCUGAAAAGUUUGUUUAAAAAAAUUUAUAUGAGGAAUUUGAAAGUUUCCCACUCGAACUUUUCACUCAUUCGUCAUAUGUCACGAUCGGACUUGUGAAAUGUUGGCCUACGUUGGUGAAAAUAAAAAUGUACAAUGCGCGCAUAAUUAUUUUCGAAUAACGCAAAAUUUUAUAUAGCGCAUUAAGAAUCUUCGUAAACUUUGCUUCCAAAUUUUAAAAGAUUAUUUUAUAACGAUGCUUCCACAAUAUAUAUUUCGUGAUCUCCUAAUUAGUUGAAUUUUGCUUCCAUAUUUUGGGGUAAAUAUUUGGGAUGAAAGUGUGUUGAUGAAAAAAGAAAAAAACUCUAUUAUUCUAACUCUAUUAUUCUAACUAUGAUAAUAUAUUAGAAUUAUUAGAAAUUAUAUACGCAUCUCACUACUUAUUUUUUCUAUGAUCUUUCAGAAAACAUACAUGCUAUAUAAUUUCAAUAUUUAUAUAAAUUGUUGAGAAACACGAUGUCGAAGAAAAUUGUUGUUUCCGAUAGUAUAAAAUGCUCUUCCAAAGUCUUGCAGGGCAAGAAAUACCUAGUAUUGAUGAAUCGAUCUGGGAAAUGAAGUAAGACACACAAUUACGAUGUGAUCGACAUUUCAUAUUAAAGUUUCGCGAGUAGGCGUCAUCAAUCUCCUAGAGAUGUGGAAUUUGCUAAAUAUUAAUAUAACUCUAGUGCGCGAUCGAUAGAGGCAAAUACGAAGCACGUCGAUUGCAAGUGAGGCGCAGAUUUCAAUGAAAUCUAGAAUUAAUUAAAAGUAAUUAAUUAAAGAAAAAAAUAUAAGGGAAAGUAGGGUAGAAAAACCGAGUAGAGUCAAGCCAGAUAUUUUGACUUCUCCAAAAAAUAUUAUCGUCCUCGGUAAUCAAAUUUUUUUUUUCUCAGCAACUAGCCUUUUUCUUUUAAUUUAAAAUCCACUAAAGACUACUAGUGGUCAGAAA